GCUGCUAUGAGCAUCCAAGUUGGAAAGGAAACUGAGGCAAGGGAGCUACUCAUACAAAAGAAGAAGUUGAUGCAGGCCUUAAAGAAAUCAAAGAAUCGCAUUGAGGUUCUUGAUAAACUUUCAUCAAAGAUUAAUGAGAUGUGUGAAAAUGGGGAGAAUAGAAGUGAGAGGACGUGUAAAGUGAAGCACUAGAAGACCAGUGCAACAAAACCAAAGGCUAAUCCUGUAUCAUAUAGUUUUUGCUUGCUGAGGUGCCAACCUGCUUCCAGUAAUUAGUAGAAGUGGCAACUGAUCAUGAUCCGUAUGGUGUUUAUGGUCUCUAAAGGGCAGACCAAGACAGUUCCAUUAUCUGGAGUGAUCCAAAUAGGUAAAAAAUCAUUGGAGUAUGUGAAGCAGUCUGAGGUUCUUAAGUUGCUAUUGGCCAUCCUGGCAGAAUACGAUUGCGUCAUCAACCAACUUGAUCAUAUGAACUGCCCCGAUUACACAUUCUAUUGCAAGCCCUGAAAAUAAGAUCUCCCUCCGGCCCUGCAGCAAAAGGUGACAAAGGUCGGUGAAGAGGAAGAGAGAAGUUGGUAUUAAGUGAAUCACCUUGCCUUGAUUCCUUCUUGCAUCUAUACCACCAUCCAGAAAAUCCAUGCAUGAAAAUUGUCGAUUUGUUUGAACAAAGAAGAGAAACAAUCUGACUCGUUUAGCUCCAAAUUUGGGAGAAACUGCAGUAUUGUGCCUGAGCCAAAUGCCUUUUUAUAAGUUCAGCUUCAGAAAGGUACGGGUUUACGCUCGAGAUUCUCUUGUAAGGGGUUAGAUUAUGCGUUGUCAUGAAAUAAUCUCCAUCCCAUCUGUGCUUAACAAAGUCAUGUUUGUAAUAGAGGAUUUUGUUAAUAUGUUCUCAACCUCUUAUUUUUGUUUUUUUUUCUUACAACAUAUUGCUUUAGAUUGCCAUCAUUUAUUUUUCGAUUAAAAGAUUUGGACAGAAAUAUAUGCUAGACAGUAGAUGGCCAUUUUUCAUGGUACAUUGGAGAUUAUCUUUGAAUGCUUAAAUUCAACAUCUGGAUAUUGUAAAGAAUUCCAUAUAUAUUCAUAAAAGCCAGGAGAAAUAGCAGUCAUUGUAUGAUUGUAUCAGGUCAGUUGGAUGAAUGCAGAUCGAGUGUUAUGUGGUUCUGUAAUACAAGCCACAGCCUAAGAUACAAAAUUACUUACAAAGAUCAGGUGCUAUAGUAACCUUUUUAUGAAUGUGUUUUUUACAUUAAUCACUUUACUAAAUUCAGCAUGAACUUAUACGUAGAGCUAAACAAAAAAGAAAAAAGAAGAGACUAUUCUGGCACUCUAAAUCAAUCAAAUAUUGACGCUCACCACCAUGUAAGCCUUUUUGUAUCUAGAUUUCAGUCCUGUGCUUACACCUUUUUUAAUAUAGAUUUGGAUACGAUGUACGUGUGUUUUUAUUUAUUUAUUAAUCUUUUUAGUGUUCAGUAUAGCAGCUGACAACUCCAGUGAGCUGAAUUAGGUACUUUUUUGCACCAGUUUUGGUAGUUAAUUGAUGCUGGCAAAUACAUGCAUAAUUGUUUUUUCACUGAGUUGAAUUUAGAAGUAUAAGUUCAAGCUCAACCUACAUUUGCUGGAGCUACAUCCAAUGAUGAGAAUUCACAUUUGGAUUCUCCUAAUGGUUUUGGCGGAAGCUUCUGAUAUCUUUGAACCUUAGCACCACAUUAGAAACUUCAAGGUAAGUAAGAUGAGUAUUAUUACAAGUCAUUCAGCGAUAGAUGUAGUUGGUUGUUCACAGCUGGGUAUCGACAGGGACAUUUCCCGUAUGGCGGCAAACGGCAUGAGAAAGGUGUUGCCAUCUUUCUCGAGCCGUCAGACAAAGCAAAUUGAUGCAUCAUAUGGUUGUUCAUUGUUUUAACAAGUUAAUGUCCAACAUAUUAACCCUAUUUGGGAGGAUAAUAGAAAUGACAGCAAAGACAAAAGGAGGACCAGAGUCGUCAAACAAACGCUGCUGCCACUUCGAAGCGCGCAGUCGCGGCGAAGCGGAUGUUGCUGUGCCGGUUCACAGUCCCACCUCCACGGCCGCGGCCCCUUGUCUCGAGGCUUAAUCUCGUCCGCCGCUGCUCCUCUCUCCUCCACCGCCAGUGGAUGCUGCCCUCCCCGGCCGCCCCAAUCCACAGCAUCUCCCUCUCCUCGUCCGCAUACUCCAGCGACCUCGCCCCCGUCUUUGGUGGCCCUGCUUCGACCGUCGAGGUCAGGGACUUCGAUGCCCCGUUCUUCUACUUGAUCCGGGACGACCUCUUGCAUCCCCUGGUCAACGGCAACAAGGCGAGAAAGCUCGAUGCCCUCGUCCCGCUCCUCCGACGCCACUCUGCUACCGACCUGGUCACUUGUGGAGGCUGCCAAAGUGCUCAUGCCGCUGCUGUUGCUGUUUGUUGUGCGGAGAGGGGGCUAAGGGCGCACCUGUUGCUGAGAGGAGAGCAGCCGGAGGUGCCCACCGGCUACAAUCUGGUGUCGUUGAUGUAUGGGAGCGUGAGCUACGUCGAGCGCUCCACAUACGCGAGGAGGGAAGAGAUGCUUCUGAAGCACGCCGAGUCGGUUGCAGGUGGUGAGGGGAAUGUCCUCUGGGUGGAUGAUAUUCUGAAGAAUUCUAAUGGUUUGAAUUUGGAGGAGAGUGAUAGUGUGCCUAUGGAUGGCCGUGGAGAUCCUCUUUCGGAGUGUUCAAGUGAAACGAGUUUGAGAAGAGUUGUGAUUGUCAAUGAAGGUGCUUGCAGUGUCGUAGGAUUAUUGGGUAUCAUCCGGCUAGUGAAAUACCUUUCUCAAGCUCACGUAUUUGGAAGAGAUCAGCAAAUUGUUCUAGUCCUAGAUUCGGGUACUGGAACAACAGCUAUUGGUUUAGCUCUGGGGAUCAUAUAUUUUGGGCUUCCAUGGAGAAUAACUGCAGUCACGCUUGCUGAUAGCCGGGACUGGUACAAGGAGCGUGAGAAAUGCCUCAUAUCAAAUUUCAAGAGUAUUUAUGGGUUAGAAACUGUUGAGCAUAAUGAGGGAAUCAUUCACUGGGUUGACCGUCUUCAUCCGAGGAGGUUUGGAAAGGUACUAAAUGGUGAAAUUGAUUUGUGCCGGCGAAUUGCUCAACAAACUGGUGUUCUUUUGGAUCCUAUCUAUACUCUGGCUGCUUGGGAGCAUGCUGUUCUCCUUGCUGAUGCAGAAGCCAAAAGUCAUGCUAAAGUAGUGAUGCUUCACACCGGUGGCACUCUUGGCUUGUUUGGAUUGGCGCAAAGGUAUGUAUCUGACUUCAGAUCUGGGGUACCCACUGUGCAUACCUUGUAGCAAAACAAAUUUCUGUGGUGAUCAGUUUAUCAGGCCAUUGAAGCAUUAUCUCAUAGGCAUACAGUAUGGAGAAGAUAUUGGUAGUUUAUUGCAAUGUUCAUCUCACCUUUGUCACUUGUCCUUUGAAAACAAAGAAAAAAAGAGUUGAUAGAGUGACCUGAAGCAAAAUAUUGGUUUGAUCUAAUUGCAUAA